AUGACGAAACCUGACAGUGGGAUACGGGAGAGUUUAGAAGAUCGAGACCCCAAUCGACUAAACCAGCAUCUACAGAUCGUGUGGGACGACAUAGUGGGCGAGCCCGAAGGUGCCAGGAGUCCGGAGUGUGCCUGGCGGCUCAGCCAUCUGUGCUUCAAGCACACGAGGAACGUGAGCUACACCUUGCUGGCGGUCGUCGCGGCGCCUCCGUGCGCCUUACUGCUGGGAUGUGGAUUCGCCUGUUUAGCUUUUGAGCAAAUCUGGUGCACCACACCCUGUUUGCGAUGCCUGAAGAUUUACUGGGCGUCACUGAGGACCAUCGUACAGUCAUGCAUGGCGGCCACAGUGGCACCAACUAUGGAAGCAAUCGGCCAUGUUUGUCGACACAUUCGCGUCAACGUGAGGCGUGACGCCCCAGAGGAACGCGAUUUACUGAUAGUCUAG